GGGUUCAUGAGUUGUGACUGUCGAGUAGUAUUCUGGGUAGAGCAGGGUAGGAUUGGGAGCUCUGGGAGCUGAUCAGAGCUGGAGGUCCUGUAUUCCCAGGGUCCCUGUGGAGAGCAGAAGAGAAGGAGUAUUUGUGUAGGAAAGGGCUGUGGGGGACUGAGUGUUUAGGGGCCACAUGUGGAAACAGGGACUCUAACCACAAUACGGGGUUGUCUCUUUUCUGCAGAGUAAUGAAGCUGGAAACCAGUUAUGGCACAGCCAGCUCAGAGGUCCCUAAGCUAGAAAGAGGCUGAUCCAGAUGUGGAUCAGGGUCUGAGGCCAAGGCCAAGUCCUGGAGGGCCAACCCCAGGUCCAGAUCAUGGCCUGAGGCUAAGGCUGAGCCAUUGGACUUCAUGGUAGAAACAGAACAGAAGUUUGAGGAGGUGCUGGCCAUCUCAGGGAACAUCUACGGUGGCCUCAACUACCUUCCCAGUCACUACCACAGCUGGCCGGAUCCCAAUCCCAGCAUGGUGCUGGCCACACGCAACGGAGGAGUGGUAAACCGGCAGGGCCCAGGGGAAAAGAGGGGGAACCACGGACUAGUAGCAAGCUCCUGGGAUCGCGAUGGCAAGGGCGUCGCGCAGCUGCUGCAGCGCUUCUGCUCCCAGCUAGUCCAGCCACAGCACCCGGGGGUCGAGGUGGCACAGCUCAUCCGGGAUAACCAGCUGGGCCUCCGGGAGCUGGAGAAAUACCGCCUUAUCCCCAAACAGCGCGACGUGCUUCCGGACGGGGCUAUCACCCAGGACUGGCCGAGCAACCUGCGCCUGCUGGCGGCUGAGGGCCUGGAGUGGCACGUGGACAGCCGCGCAUACCCGCAAGUGCUCACGCUGUGCACGCGCCCCUUCUAUCCUCAGGGCGGUGACAGGUCGUGGCGCUACCUCCACAUCGACGCCUUUGGCAGCGAUGGCGCGCAGGUGCAGAGCCAGCUUUGACACCUGCACCGCUAGGCCCCGCGUCUCGCCGGCCUCAACGUCAUGUGCCAGGUUUUCCUAGCGCCCCAGUUAUGGUCGCAGCUGGCUGACUUCUGCAGGCGGACAACUAGGGCCGCUCCUAUCCGAGGGGAGAGAAGAAGCACUUUAGAACUGAUCUCCAGCAAGCCCUGCCCUCCACCGUUUGCAAGCUCCGCCCCCUCCACCGGGCGCUCGGCUGCUGGCUCUGAAGCCUACCCUGACCCGGAGGAGCGCCCUCCCUAAACGUUUACUCUACCUUUCUGUCUGCCAUCUGGACUCUAACGCGUCCAAACCCUGCGUCUGUGUUUCUGCCCACGCCUUGAUCCGAACCGCUGGGCUUGGGGGAGGCCCCUGCGUUGCUAUUGUCCACCUUUCCCCCCCUAACCGGGCAAAGAAUGGGUUCCUUCCCAGACUCAUGAGCCUUUUCUGGUCGGUCCGCCCUCGCCUAACAGUGAACUCUGCCUUCCUGACUUCUCCCUUCUGCCCCCUCAGGGGCGAAAGGGGGCAGAGGGAUGUGCUACACCCAGCUGCCCAACACGUAUUACUUUUCUUCCUCCCUCCCUUCUCAAGCUCUCAGAGCUUGCUGUGCAUUCCGAUCCUUGCCUCCUUCUCAGACUCCCGUGCCUCUGCAUCCUCUCCCUCCUUCUUUCUGUGCUCCUAUCCUCCUCCCUGGACCUCCCAGACACUGAGCUCCUCAUGGCCCAUUUGUCUGCUUCUCCAUUCCUCUUCCCCAUGACCCCUUCAUCAUCCGCCCUGUGUGCAAUAGGGAGAGAGAGCACCUGUAAAUGAACUAGAAUUAUAAUGUCCUGUUGACCUUCUCCUAACACAUUUUUCCAAGCCUGCUCCCUCGGAGGGUUUCCUCCCACUUUGUUCCCUGUUGCUAUUUUAAAGCCCCCUUCCCAUGCCCCCAACCAGUGGCCUGAACCAGGCCAUGGACCAGGGAGGUGGGGCUGGAGAGUUUGGUGUGGGGUGGGCAGGUCCCACAGCCCAGUAUGGGGCUGUCUUCCGGUUCUAACCAGGCUGCCUUCUAGCGCCACUGGAACCCCCACCCCAGAUAUUUUUGGACGUGCCUCCCUUUCUCUGGUUCCUUUAUGCUUCUUGGACUUUGGCAGUUUUCUAUUUGAAUGCAAGUAGUAACAGCUGCAAUUGCACAGCACUGUCUCCUACACUGGAUCCUCACAUUUACCACCGAGGGAGGACACAGAGGCUCGCAAAGAUCAAAGUGACUCCCAAGUCACUCAAAGUAGCUGGGAGCCUGGCAGGGACUAGAAUUCAGGUGUCCCAAGCCCCAGGCAUGCCUCAGAACCCCACUCUGUGACCAUGAGUGUUUGGACUUCUUGUUGGGUGAUGCACAAUUGGUGGGGAUUUGUUGACAGCAAGCACAGGGGGCACUGGGGAUGGAAUUGAAGACAUGGGCAGAGCAGGGCAUCUGGAGGUGAAAGAAGGUGGGCAAAGAGGCCCGCGGCUGCUUCAUCACUUCCCCCAGUUCCGGUUUUGCUGCUGUGCUGCACUGCCUUGCUUGGCUGCCUUCGGCGCCUGGCCAUGCUGCCACCCUCCCUAUCACUUCAACCGAGGCUGUAUUGCAAUAAA